CCUAUAUAGCAGUAGUAUCUCCACGCUGAUCGAUGCCGAGCUAUAAAUACGGAGCUAGCCUCGACUCCCACCACACUCUUCAUCACCAUCGCUGAUCAUUCUCCUGCAACUGAAACAACACCAAACCAUCAGCUCAGUCUUGCUCGUAGUGUGAAUUGAAGGAGAUCAAUGGCGGGGAAGCUGUACCACCUCAUGUCGAGGCUGCACAUGGCGAGGAGCCGGUCAUCGUCCGCGGCUGACGUGCCGAGAGGGCACUUUGCGGUGUACGUCGGGGAGCAGCGGAAGCGGUUCGUGAUCCCGACGGCGUACCUGAGGAACCCGUCCUUCCUGGUGCUGCUCAAGAGGGUGGAGGAAGAGUUCGGCUUUGACCACCCUGCCGCCGGCGGCCUCACCAUCCCUUGUUCGGAGGGCGACUUCGCCGACAUCGUAGGCUCCGCAGCCGUGGAUCACCACUAGCUGCAGCUCAGCUGACCACACCGGCGCCGGCGCAUGCAUCGGCUGGUCCAGCCAUUGAUAUGAUUAGCUGAUUAGUGAUUAAUAGAUUGUUUUAGGACGAAUGCAUACAUUUGCUUCUAGCUGAGUAUUGCCUUUUGCUUGAACCCUGUAAAUUAUGAUCGAAGGGAUAAGAAAAUUCCGAUGUUCACGUCUGGUCACAUUUCUA